CUGAAUCGGAGUUCAAAGCGCAGUCCCCGUUACGGCAUCCAGACGCCUGUGCCGACGCUCCGUGCCUCAGUCCGGAGGUAAAAUGGCGCUGACUCAAGGAACAAAGAAGAAAGUUUGUUAUUAUUAUGAUGGUGACGUCGGUAACUAUUACUACGGCCAGGGGCACCCCAUGAAGCCGCACCGCAUCCGCAUGACCCACAACCUGCUGCUCAACUACGGUCUAUACCGCAAGAUGGAGAUCUACCGCCCCCAUAAGGCCAAUGCAGAGGAGAUGACCAAAUACCACAGUGACGACUACAUCAAGUUCCUGCGCUCCAUCCGCCCAGACAAUAUGUCUGAGUACAGCAAGCAGAUGCAGAGAUUUAAUGUGGGUGAGGACUGUCCAGUGUUCGAUGGCCUGUUUGAGUUCUGCCAGCUCUCCACUGGGGGCUCUGUUGCUGGAGCAGUCAAGCUGAACAAGCAGCAGACGGACAUCGCCAUCAACUGGGCGGGAGGGCUGCAUCACGCCAAGAAGUCCGAGGCCUCCGGCUUCUGCUACGUCAACGACAUCGUCCUGGCCAUUCUGGAGCUGCUGAAGUACCACCAGAGGGUGCUGUACAUCGACAUUGACAUUCACCACGGUGAUGGCGUGGAGGAGGCCUUCUACACCACUGACCGCGUCAUGACUGUAUCUUUCCACAAGUACGGAGAGUACUUUCCGGGCACCGGGGACCUCAGGGACAUUGGUGCGGGGAAGGGCAAGUACUAUGCUGUGAACUACCCCCUCCGAGACGGAAUUGAUGACGAGUCGUAUGAAGCCAUCUUCAAACCUAUCAUGGCCAAGGUGAUGGAGACCUACCAGCCAAGCGCAGUGGUGCUCCAGUGUGGGGCCGAUUCCCUAUCAGGGGACAGACUGGGCUGCUUCAACCUCACAAUCAAAGGGCACGCCAAAUGCGUGGAGUAUAUCAAGAGCUUCAACCUGCCGCUGCUGAUGCUGGGGGGGGGGGGCUACACCAUCCGCAAUGUGGCUCGCUGCUGGACCUAUGAGACCGCUGUGGCUCUGGACACCGCCAUCCCCAACGAGCUUCCCUAUAACGACUACUUUGAGUACUUUGGACCUGACUUUAAGCUACACAUCAGUCCCUCCAACAUGACCAACCAGAACACCAACGACUACCUGGAGAAGAUCAAGCAGCGUCUGUUUGAGAACCUCCGCAUGCUGCCUCAUGCUCCCGGUGUGCAGGCUCAGGCCAUCCCAGAGGACACCGUGCAGGAGGACAGCGGGGAUGAGGACGAGGAUGACCCCGACAAGCGAAUCUCCAUCCUCGCCCACGACAAACGGAUUGCUUGUGAUGAGGAGUUCUCAGACUCUGAGGAUGAGGGGCAGGGCGGCCGCCGGAACACCACCAGUUACAAGAAGGCUAAGCGGGCGAAGACCGACGAGGAGAAGGAUGGGGAGGAGAAGGAGGUGAAAGAGGAGGACAAGGGGGCAGUUGAGGAAAAAAUGGACACAAAGAGUACAAAAGAGGAGCUGAAAACGGUGUGAGCCCUGCCCCCCCCACCACCCUCCCUCCCCCAAAGGCACUGGCCCACCCGCAUGCAGAAGACAAGCCAUUUCACCUUAAUGACCUUUCAAAGCGAACUGAGAUUUGUUGGUUUUUACAUCGCAGACAGGAUGUGGACGUCUCCCAUGUGACACUCCUUUGUUCUGUCCAGCAGUGCUUGUGUCCAGGAGCGUGGCUUUUCCUUAACAUCAGUAUGAGUAGGUCGGUGGUCGGUACCGCGUCUCAUCUAAACCCCCCGACACCCUCCUCCCUGUUACUUUGUAUUUUUAUUUUAUUUUUUUUUUUUUAUUGAAAUUUUCUUGUAAAGACCCUCCGCCCCCCAUGGGUAUGAAUUGGAAUGGCUGAUUUUCACUGUGACUUUUCUUUGAGUCAUGAUCAGACUUCUUUCAGGUUACCAUGCGGUUCCUUGCUUUUACUCUGGUUUUACCAUACUUCCUCAAGUAGUAGUGGGGCCUUUAUUUAACAAAGUUGCAGAAGUAGUGAGCCUUUUAAUUCAGGCCUGCCCAAAAUAGAGGCAGGCCUGUAUUUACCAACGCUGCAGAAGUAACAGGACUUCCUGCCAUCUGCAGACCUUAAUUUCUAAUUCCUUCUGUUACUGCAUUCUGCUGUUUAGUAUAGAUUCUGUAUAUGGAUGAAUGAAACGCCACCAUUGUGUCAGUUCAAACCCUGUAAAACAAAGUGGAUAUAUUUACUCGAAAUAUGCUCUUAAGAGUGUAUAAUGGUAGAUUAGUGUAGCAGGGCCACCUAAGUUUUAAGAGCUGGCUAACGGUACCAGUGAUUGCCUUCUAAAUGUGUUUUAUGGUCGAAAUUAACUUCAAUGCCAUUUAAAUCAUACAGGCGAUUAACUUAUGUGCAGUAUGCCUAGACAUGUAUGAGAAUUUAUUGUAAGUAUGCCUAGGUGUCACAAAAUAUGACCAAAACCUUACUUGAACUGUGAGUGUUAGGUAUUCCUUAUCUACGACACAAUCAAAUGUCUUAUAACGAUCAUAUUUAACUGCAAGCAAAAUCUGAACUGGGAAAAACUAGGAUCUUACCUAAGUACAAAUAUUGCAGCUUACCUUUUGAGAAAUGAAACCUGGAAAGAUUUUAAUUUAAAACAGAACAAGUGCUGAAUGUGCAUUGUGGGAUAUAAGGAUGUCUCAAUAUUUAUUAACGCAUAUUUCAUGAAGCGCUAAAACUGACUAAAUGCAGUUUAGAUGCACAUUUCUCUCUGAACUCCAGACUGCUUUGAAUGUUUGUAAAUGUGCAAACUUUUUCAUCUUUUAUUUUGUAAGUCCCGUAGUCUUCGUAGAGAUGCAUAUUCAAUUUUUAUAUAGCGCCUUUCACAACAGUCUUCCGAAGGUGCUUUACAUGGAUGUGGUGUGAUACAUUUAAUAACAUCAGAGAGCGAGACAGAACGGGAAAAAGGAAGGGAAAAUUAAAUAAAGCCAGAUGACAAGCCGGGGAUAUGAACCAAAAGACCCCAAGUAAGGAGAAAAAAAACCUCUGGUGGUCCAAGUCAACUAGCUACCCCCCCCCCAGGCAGACUAACGACUGAAAACAGGGAAGAGUGGACAUGCUUGCUGAAGGCCAGGUGUGAACUGUGAUUAAGGAUCAAGACAAAGUCCAUCAAUAAAUCUGUUCUCCACGCUGGCCUGUGUAGGUGGCACUGAAGGCUGCACCCACGAUCAUACAAUUUCUAGGUCCCUUUCAUGAUGUCACACCUCCAUGGGACUAAAGCAGGCCCACCCAGGGCUCCACCCGGCCAUGUGGAAGGCAUACGGAUGUUUUUCAUUUUUUUUCUGCGAAGCCUUUAGAGAUGAGUUCCCAUGAGUUGAUCCAGUCCUGCCUUUGCCCCUGGCCUGUACUUCCUCAUGUUGACCACACACCCCUAGUCAUUAUUUAACACCUGGCUUUUAAUUGAAUCCUGUUUUUUUUAUUUGAGUAAAUAUGGUAUUUGGACUCUGUUUCUCAUUUUGGUCCUGGCAUUCCAAGUAACCUUGUAGGGGUGGAACUGGAUCAGAGUGUGGGUGCGCAUGCAGGCGAGUGUGUUUGUGUGAGAGUCCAUGGGUUCAUGUGUUUCUACAAGUGUGCCUGACUGUGUUUGCGUGCACAUGUGCAUGUUAGUGCUCUUUGUGGGUAUGUCUGUACUUUUACACUUGUAUGAGUGUACACUAUUUGUGUUCAUGGGCCUGUUAAUGUCCACAAGUGUUAGUAUGCAAGUAUGAGGAUGCGUGUCUGUGGGUUUGUGUGCGAAGGAGAGUGGAUGAGCAAGUGGGUGUCUGCAUUUGUUAGUGUGCAAGUAUGAACAGGAGUGUGUUUGUGUUAAUGAUCCUCUGCGCGGAACAACUUGACAUCAGAGACCUGCUUAUUUUGUGAUGCUACUGUGGGGCCUCGGCCUGGUUUUUGUUUUCAGUUUUUUAUUCUGAUAUGAAGUGCAAAUUGCAUUCAAUCGCCAGCAGGUCAUUUUCUCUUAUUUUCCGCGAAUGUAAUGUAGCUUGGGUUCAGACGUGACGCGAGAGCCCCAGCCGUUGGUGUAGGUCCCCUGUGCUGUGAUGUGCAGCACCAUCGCUGUUAAUCACAUGGUUUUUGAGGUGUUUGUAUCAAAGAGAAAUCUUGUCCACCCAGCUGACCUUGGGUCUGUAUUUUAAAUAAAGUCUUUUAGUCUGAUUUAA